UUGCCUGGCUAACUGUGCAACAUUACAACAAAGAGUUGGCAGCUCCUGAAGGAAAAGGGUUUGUGCUGCCGCCGUUGUAACUUGUCAGUCAACUCCGGACCAGCCAGCCUCAGCGUCUGCCUCCCGGUACACCCUCAUUACAUGUGUCUGCUGGCCUGAUGUGUGCAUCUGCUCAGAGACGCUCCUGACAAGUCGGGAAUUUCUCUCUGCUGCAAAGAUCAGACUUCUCCCUGUUUCUCUUCUGACACCCCAGCUUCUCCUCCCCCUCCCCAAAGGAGGCUGCUUGAUUUAUGAUAGCUUCAGACUUCCUUCGGUGUCCUCCUGUCCUUGACUUCCCAGAAUGGAAGAAGCUGAGCUGGUGAAAGAAAGACUUCAGGCCAUCACGGAUAAAAGAAAAAUACAGGAAGAAAUCUCACAAAAGCGGUUGAAAAUAGAAGAAGAAAAACUAAAACAUCAGCACCUGAAGAAAAAGGCCUUACGGGAGAAAUGGCUUCUGGAUGGAAUCAGCAGUGGACGGGAGCAGGACGAGAUGAAGAAGCAAAACCAGCAAGACCAGCACCAGAUCCAGGUUCUAGAACAAAGCAUCCUCAGACUUGAGAAAGAGAUUCAAGAUCUUGAAAGGGCUGAACUGCAAAUCUCAACCAAUGAAGAAGCAAUUUUAAAGAAACUAAAAUCAAUAGAACGAACAACAGAAGACAUCAUAAGAUCUGUAAAGGUGGAGAAAGAAGAAACACCAGGAGAGUCAAUUGAGGACAUCUAUGCUAAUAUCCCUGACCUUCCAAAAUCCUACAUACCUUCCAGAUUAAGGAAAGAAAGAAGUGAAGGCAUAGAGGAUGACGAACAAAACCGAAAAGCUUUGUACGCCAUGGAAAUCAAAGUCGAGAAAGAUUUAAAGACUGGAGAAAGUACUGUUCUGUCUUCCAUACCCCUCCCAUCUGAUGAUUUUAAAGGCACGGGCAUCAAAGUGUAUGAUGACGGGCAGAAGUCGGUCUAUGCAGUAGGCACAAAUCCCAGCGAAGCUCACAAUGGCACAGACGGCCUGGCCCCAGUAGAAGUGGAGGAACUUUUAAGACAAGCCUCAGAGAGAAACUCAAAAUCACCAACUGAGUACCACGAGCCUGUCUAUGCCAACCCAUUUUGCAGGCCAACAACCCCACAGAAAGAAAAGGGAUCCCCUGGACCAAACUUCCAAGAAAGGACAAAGAUGAAAGCCAACGGACUGGCGCAUGAGGCAAAUGAACACACACACACGAUGGAAAAUGGCCUUUGUGAGAAAAGAAGCAAUGAUUUCCAUCAUCUCAGCCCAGGGAGACCAACACCUCACCCUCGAUCAAUGACACAAGAAGCAGAAGAGACAACCCACACCCCACCCAAGAGGCUGAUGUCUCCUUGGGAGGAAGCAAACAUGAUCCAGGACAAGCAUUUACCUUCCCCAAGAACCAAGCUGAGCCCCAGCAAAGCAAGAGUUGGGCAGUCAGAACCCCAGAGUUCUUCGCCCAUUUGCCAGGAAGAGGAGGAAGAAGAUGUCAGGUAUAACAUUGUCCACUCGCUGCCUUCGGACAUGGAAGACAGCGAGCCGGUUACAAUGAUUUUCAUGGGCUAUCAGCAGGCUGAAGACAAUGAAGAAGGAAAGAAGCUUCUGAGUGGGUAUGAUGGAAUCAUCCAUGCGGAGCUGGUGGUGAUUGAUGAUGAGGGGGAGGAAGAAGAGGAUGGAGAAGAGGAGCAGCCUUCCUACCAUCCCAUAGCUCCCUGUAGUCAAGUUUACCAGCCAGCCAAACCAACACCACUUCCAAGAAAGAGAUCUGAAGUGAGUCCUCAGGAGAACAACACACACCACAAAUCUCCCCACAAAAAUUCCAUCUCUCUGAAAGAGCAAGAAGAGAGGCUGGGCAGUCCUGUCCGCCAGUCCCCUCCUGAUGUUUCUAUCGUGGGAGAUGGGACAGAGGAUCCAUCUUUAACAGCGUUAAGGAUGAGAAUGGCCAAGCUUGGGAAAAAAGUGAUCUAAAGUCAGUGCCACCUCUGGAAACUUCCUGCAGAGAAAGAAACUAAGAAAUGUCGGCAGAUUUCUCUUCUGGAUUUUUUUUUGCUUCUUUUUCUUUUAUCCUAAUGUUCAAAAAUAAUUAUAAUUAUACUCGUUUUAAGCCAUGUGAAUAAAUGGUAGUCAUUAUUUGUGGAAAAAUUCCAAAGAAGGAAACCUAGAGAAAAAAAAAAUCAACGUUUAACUUUUCCAAUGAUUCAGCAAAGGAC